AUGACAGACAUUGAUCGAUGGUACGAAGAGGAUUCUGAGCUACUUUCUGGUGGUAAGUUCAUAGCAUUGGUGGUUUCCGAUAACGACGACGACGAAUCUGGACUGGAAGAAGACCUCAAUGUGCAUCACACACCAAAAAAAGACCGGCCCAAGAGAGCUGAAAGUGGUCGCGGAAAAGUCAUAAGAAGUCCAGAUUCUGUGGGGCCAACUUCUGUCAAUGCAAAACACAAAAGAUGGUCCAUUAUCUCCAGUAACUCCAAGAAAAGAUGGUCGUCGCUUUCUUUUGCCAGCGAAGAACGUCGUACAAGUCCGGUGACGACGUCUUCGAAAAAAAGACGUUCCACGGCCAGCUUGGAUCCAUUGGACCAGCAGAUCACCAAUAGCAAUGGCAAUGGCGACGGUAGCGGCAACGGUAGUGGCAACGUUAAUGUUGAAAACAAGCCUUCGAAAAAUGGAAACAACAAUGUUGCCAAAAGUGCAAACACCGUUCACGACGGAGAAAACAGCAGCGCAUCAUCCAGAAGAGUAUCGAUAUCCUCAGCAAUGUCGUCGCUUCAAAGGAGUUCCACCAGCACUUCACUGCGGCAAAUGUUUGGGAAGAUAGCCCUGCAGGACGAAGAAAAGGAAAACAGGCCAGCUGUGAAGCGUUUCAUAGGUAAACUAUCGCCACGCGGCCACCAAUCUCGUUCCACAUUGGGUCAGCUUGAUGCAAACGUUUAUGCAGGGCUCAGCUCUCGCAACCUUCAUUCCGAUACUGCCAGCAUAGUCUCAGGAAUGAGUAUGUCUUCCAGGUCAUCCGUGACCUCGGCUUCAAGGUGGAAAUUUUGGAAAAAAAGCUCAGACACAUUCGAUCAAAGCUCGUCUUCUGCACUAUCUUCACAACAAGCAAUGCAUUCAAAUGGUAGCUUAACCUCUCGCAGAUCCCAGUCGUCUUUGAAGCAGAAAUCAUCUCAUUCUUCUUUGAAGAAACCAAGUUCUCAUCGUAACUCUGUGACAAGUGAAUCAAUAUCACUGCCGAUCCCAGACCAAGUUUCCAGGGACAAGCUACGCACAAAACUUCGCAAUUCAACCUCCAUCAUGUCUAUGCGAUCCACUGUAAUCCCGGAAGAAUUUGAAGACUUCCAAAUGUCACAGCUUUUAAAACUCUGCGGUCAAACUGGGCCCAUACCAAUUGAGCAGCUGAUACCGAAGUGGUCCAAGCUAUCAAGAAUUUCGAAACACGUUGUGAGGGAUGAUGAUUUUGUUUACAAAUUUCUGCCUCUGGAAGAGGACGAUUUCACGCAUAGCAAGAACAUAAGAGUAAAGGAGCUUGAGCUUUUGGAACUGUUCAGCGGCACACCAGGCUUCACUCAACUUAUUUCGUGUCAUUUGGCUCUUAUCAAUGGUGGUUCUACUUUGAUCUGCAAGCUAAAGUACGCAGGUAUACCACUAAAAAAGGUAAAAAGCUCUAGCUGGUCAGCGACGCUCAAUAUUUGGUGGCAAUGCGCAAUCAUUAUAUAUGCUGCUGAAGCGAAAUUUCAAUUUGAACAUCGUGAUUUACAGCUGGAUCACAUCUUAGUGGACGGUAACAAUAAUGUAACCCUUUGCGACUAUAAAUUGUCGCGUGCGUCAAAUGGAUCAAUGGUCUACUACACGCGGUUGGACCAUCCACUAUUUUUCCAAGGCCGUGGUGAUUACCGUUAUGAGGUCUAUAACACCAUGCGACACUGGUGUGCCGACAAUUGGUCUCGCUGCGACCCUCGCAACAAUCUGCUGUGGCUACACUAUCUAGGUGUUAAACUAAUCGAUGGCCAAAAGGGAAUAGCUCAUGAUGCCCAUUACUCAGAAUUGCUCAAAUUGCUAGGUCAAAUAAACCCCCAUCGUCGCAGAAAAUCUUUAUUUGGCAAGAGCGACCAAAUUUCAAAUUGUGGUGAUCUUCUGAGGCUUCGCAAGUGA